AUGUUCGAAGAAGGCCGCUACUCCGCCAGCUCUGGCGACUCGGACCGCGAUAAUGAUAACGACAAUGAUAACGACGCGGAUGAGGUCAUGGAGGACGCAGACGAGGGAGACGAAGGAGACGAGGGAGACGACAACAAUAACGAAGACGACGAAGACGAUGGCGACAAUGACGAAAAUGAGGCGGAUAACGAUAAUGACGAGUCCAAUGAUAAGAUCAUUAGUACUGAAGGCGACGGCGAUAUCCAUAACACAGCAGCUGAGGGUGAUGACGGCGAACGGCUGGACGCCAGCGGUCAAAACGAAGAUAAUCUCGACGGCCGCGUGUGCGUCCGGAGGCUGUGA